AUGGGGCAACAAAACCCCAGUGAGCAAACCAAAGUUGUGCCAGGGUCAGACAAACAGCCACCAGAACAGGAGACAUCAGCCUCAGUCCAGCUAAUGAGGCAAACCUCCAUGACGUACGCUAACACACAGCCAGAGCAGGACCUGGAUCAUCCCAGAAAAGUCAAGAUGUUGAUAAAAGUGCAACUUGGAGCUAAGAAGAAAUAUAUAAAACUGGAAGAAGUUUGUUUCUCAGAUUUUCUUAGUGCAGUCCAACAGAAGUUUAUGAUAUCAGAGAAUACAACAUUGAAAGUCACAGAUGACCAGGGCAUAGAGGUGGAUGAGGAUGUAUUCCCAGAACUUGCAACAACCAAAGAAAUGUGUUUUAUCAUCCACACUGAUGAUGAACUUCUGUUUGCUGAAACAUCCAAGAAUUCUGUUGACUUCUCAGACCUGACAGAGUUUGGUGCCUCUUCAAAUCAGACAGAAUAUGUUACGCUCACUACUUGUGAUUUGACUGUCCUGCAGCAAGGGGUUGUUGAAGGACCCUCCUCCCCAAGUCUGACAGAUACAUUGUCUGUCUCAAGCAGAUUAAGCAGCAGUGAUUCUGGAUCUCAAAUGCUUCAACCUUUAACGGACAGUUUCAGUGCAAGAAAUAAAUGCAUUUUGAAAGUAUUCAAUGAAUAUAAAGCAUAUUCUUACUUCAAAGACAGCAGGGAUGACUGUGAUCAAAGAGUAUGA